UAACAGCUGAUUAUCAACAGUACUUCCAGAAUCUGUUCUCCGCUCAACUAAAGAUGAAGGCUGUCUUCGCUUUAGUCUUUGUUGCCUGUCUCUGCCUGGCUUCUGCUUAUCCGGUACCCGAUCAAAAAGUUGUCUCCCAAAAGGACUCAUCGUCUAAGAAGGCGGAGUCGUCCACCGCCUCCAAGGUUUUGAAGACAGUCAAGAAGGCUGUGCCACCCCCUCCUACGACGACCGAAGAGCCUGAACCUGAGAAGGAGAUAGAGAUGGUCGCCAUCAUCAAGAACGACAGCGAGUCUCGCUUUUUCCAGGAAACUGAAGAAGAAGCUUCUUACCAAGCAGAGCAAGCCGCUCCCAAGAAGUCAUAGACGUAGCACAUGCUGUACAUUGUAUUGAAUAUAUAUUUAAUAGGAA